AUGCCAGGUGGCCUCAGCAAUGUGCUAUUCCAGUGUUCAUUACCUGACACCAUAGAGACAAUUGCAGAUGAGCCACGAACAGUCCUCCUUCGUCUAUAUGGUGCAAUUCUACAGAUGAGAUCCUGUAACAAGGGAGGUUCUGGACAGGCUCAGAAGGAAAAUGACUUAACAGUCUUUAACCCUGCAGCCAGCAUCAACUUCCAAGAGUUAAUACUCAUGGCUGCACCUGUCACUUUUCCUACAUUGCAAGAUGGAUUACAAGCCUUGCAAGGGGCAGAAGCCAUGGUUCUGGAGAGUGUUAUGUUUGCCAUUCUUGCAGAGAGAGCUCUUGGCCCAAAACUGUAUGGGAUCUUUCCACAAGGCCGACUAGAAGAAUUCAUUCCAAGCAGAAAGCUAGACACUGAAGAAUUAAGCUUACCUGACAUAUCGGCUGAAAUAGCUGAGAAAAUGGCCAGAUUUCAUGGCAUGAAAAUGCCAUUUAAUAAAGAACCUAAGUGGCUUUUUGGGACAAUGGAAAAGUACUUGAAUCAAGUGCUAAAGAUAAAAUUUACCAAAGAAUCCCGAAUUAGAAAACUGAAUAAACUCCUCAGUUACAAUCUGCCCCAAGAAAUUAAAAGCCUGAGGUCUCUGCUGGAAGCCACUUCAUCACCUGUUGUAUUCUGCCACAAUGACUGUCAAGAAGGUAACGUUUUGCUUCUAGAAGGCAGAGAGGAUUCUGAAAAUCAAAAGCUGAUGCUUAUUGACUUUGAGUAUAGCAGCUACAACUACAGAGGAUUUGAUAUUGGAAACCACUUCUGUGAAUGGAUGUAUGACUAUACGUAUGAAAAAUACCCAUUCUUCAAAGCCAGUUUUCUGAAGUAUCCCACCAGGAAACAACAGCUUCAUUUUUUCUCUAACUAUCUGACUGCCUUCCAAAACGGUUUUGAAAAUCUGAGCAAUCAAGAAAAGUUGAAAAUAGAAGAAGAAAUGUUGACAGAAGUCAAUAGGUUUGCCCUUGCAUCACACUUCUUCUGGGGCCUGUGGUCCAUUAUACAGGCAAAGAUCUCAUCCAUUGAGUUUGGCUACCUGGACUAUGCACUAUCAAGAUUUGAUGCAUACUUUGACCAGAAGAAGAAGCUUAAAGUAUGAAUGUGAGAAGAAUGGACAAUCUUACUGUACAAAGAAAGCAGCUGGACAAACUUCCACUGUGCUUAGGCUACUGUAUCUGUAAUGAAGGUGUCUGGAUUUCAAAAUACUGGAAUCCAGAUGUUCAAUACUGAAGACUGUACAAAAAUAACUGACUUGUUUACAGUUCAGGAAUCUUUGGAAUGAGAUUGGGAGGCAAAAGCAUAAUACAAACAGUGCAAUAUC